UCUCAACUCUGGAAGCUUUACGCACUUGCUUUAUAUUCCCAUCUUUGAAAAAAGUGGGUGUGUUUCUUUCUCUGAGGACUCGUAGUAGCUUUUCCUUUUUUCCAUCCUUCUUAAAUCCAUGGACACAGCUCAGUGGGCACAGUUCAGUAGUCUCCCACUAAAUUCAAUUUAAAGUGUACUGCACACCUUUCUUUUUCCACCAUCUGAUAAAGGACCCAAGAAAAAGUGACUAAAAUUUGUUUGUUUCAUGCUGCUGCUGUUGUAAUCCCCUCAAAGUGGGAAUAUUGGAGGAGUUGUUAAACCUAUGGAAGGUUCAAACUCAAAGGCUAAUAUUAAUAAUAAUCCUAUGUUGGAGAGAAGGGCAAGGCCACAGAAAGAUCAAGCUUUGAACUGUCCAAGGUGCAAUUCAACCAACACAAAAUUCUGUUACUACAACAACUACAGCCUCUCUCAGCCAAGGUACUUUUGCAAGACUUGUAGAAGGUAUUGGACUGAAGGUGGUUCCUUGAGGAAUGUUCCUGUGGGUGGUGGCUCUAGAAAGAACAAGAGAUCCACACCAUCAUCUGCAUCAACACCCGCAUCAUCAUCAACACCUUUAUCAUCAACAAUCAACAAAGCACCACUAAAUUUCCCUCAAUCUGCUUCUCAGAACCCAAAGAUCCAUCAAGGCCAAGAUCUUAACCUAGCAUACCCACCUCCACCUGAGGACUACAACACCAUAUCAAAAUUCAUGGAGGUUCCUUACAACAACAAUGAAAACAACCAACACAUUCAAAACACCACUCCCUCUUCAACAACACCUUCUCAUCUAGAGCUUCUUAAAACUGGGAUAACUUCCUCUUCAAGGGGUUUGAAUAAUUCUUUCAUCCCUAUGAAUUUGUCUGAUUCUAGCACAAUGUAUAAUUCAAGUGGGUUCCCCUUGCAAGAUUUUAAGCCAGGACUUAACUUUAGCCUUGAGGGUUUUGAGAAUGGCUAUGGGGGUCUCCAAGGGAUUCAAGAGGGUGGUUCUGGUGGUGCAAGGAUCUUGUUUCCUGUGGAGGAAUUGAAGCAACAAGUUCCAAACAGUGGUGAGUUUGAGCAGAAUAGGAGUCAAGGAGAUUCAGCUGGGUAUUGGAAUGGCAUGUUAGGUGGAGGAUCAUGGUAGAUAUUGCACAAGGAAUUGAGGAAAAAGUGGGGGAAAAAAAGUGAACAAGGGUUGGUGUUCUGUAGUAUGUUUGGGAUCAGCAGUUCCUAUUUUAUCAGAAUCAAUUCAAGGCACAGCUUUCAACGUGAUUCUAGAAGACCUUGCCAAACAUGCUAUUAGACUUUGUUGUGUUAAUUUUAUUUUUCAUUUGAUAAUUUGAGGGAGUGGCUAUUUGGACUUUGGAGUGAUGAGAACCACUAACAUAGUAGGGUACAUAUAGCUUCUAUUUUGUUUAUUUGCAGCAAUGUUUGAAUUCAUGUUUUAGAUUUUUCAGAACUAUUUAUGCU